UCUCGGUUCAACGGACACACUCAUCGCUUCUGCUGGAACGAUCCAUUAAAUGCGCGCGGCUGUUGUUAUUGUUUUGUUUUAUUUUAUUUUAUUUUAUAUCGGUUUACUGGACCGUCGCGUGCAGAACGGAGUAGCACUCACCGCAUCUCUACACAGGAGCUCAGCGCUGGCCGUGAACCGUUUCCCCGGCAGGCUGCAACAAGACAGCAGCGACACCUCCCACGCUCUUUCUCAUCCGGAGCUAUCCGGAGCUCCAUUCCGCCUUUCAUUCAGCGUCCUUGGUGCCUCUAAGCGUCUUUCCACAAUCUCUUUCCACAACCUCCGGAGAUCUCGCGGAUUAAUCAUUCCUGUCACAGUUACCACGCAAAUGCAAAAUUACCUCACAAGAUACACAUGUGAAAAGGAUUUCUGUGUCACCCUUCUGAUGUAUAGAAGGUGCACAAUCGGAACCAUCAGUCAACCAUGGAACCGCAUGUCUGUCUGUGCAGAACUGUGUGACAUGAUUAAUCCAGUAGUUUGCCUGAUCAGCACACUGGUCACCAGUUAUACACAAUCAAGAAUUUGUUUAGCAGAGGAUUCAGAGUGAAAAUACAGCCAAUAGAGUGAAGGGGAGGACACAACCGUCACUAUGCUCAUUUGACGCACGCCAAGGGGCCAUACAGGCGAAUUGAUGAGGAUGACAAUGAUGAGUGAGCUCUUGCCGUAGUGCCUGAUGGUUUGGUAAUAAUGGACGUCCCCAAUGGCCAGCCCAGCGUCUCCACCUUCACGGCCCCGGCCUCGGAGAGGAGCAGCAGUUCUGAGUCCCUCAGUGAGAAGGGCCCAUCAGAACUGAAGAGUUUUGAUGCUGUGGUCUUUGAUGUCCUGAAGGUGACGCCGGAGGAAUAUGCAGGUCAGAUCACUCUUAUGGAUGCUCCAGUGUUCAAAGCUAUCCAACCUGAGGAGCUCUCUAGUUGUGGCUGGAAUAAGAAGGAGAAGCACAGUUCAGCACCAAACGCUGUGGCCUUCACACGACGGUUCAAUCAGGUGAGUUUCUGGGUGGUGAGGGAGAUUCUUCAUGCCCAGACGCUGAAGAUCAGAGCAGAAGUGUUGAGUCUCUACAUCAGAACAGCAAAGAAACUGUGUGACAUGAAUAAUCUCCAUGCGGUGAUGGCGGUGGUGUCUGCAUUGCAAAGCGCACCAAUCUUCAGACUAGCUAAGACCUGGGCUCUUUUGAAUCGGAAGGACAAAGCCACGUUUGAGAAGUUGGAGUAUCUGAUGUCUAAAGAAGACAACUAUAAACGCUUGAGAGAUUACAUCAGCAGCCAGAGCAUGACAUCUUGCAUCCCAUAUCUGGGUAUAUAUCUGUCCGAUCUGACUUAUAUUGAUUCAGCGUAUCCCUCCACUGGCAGCAUUCUGGAAAAUGAACAGCGCUCUAAUCUCAUGAACAAUAUUCUGCGUAUCAUCUCAGACCUACAGAGAUCCUGUGAAUACGAUAUCCCAGUAUUGCCACAUGUCCAGAAGUAUCUCAACUCUGUUCGCUACAUUGAGGAGUUACAAAAGUUUGUGGAGGAUGACAAUUAUAAAUUGUCCCUAAAGAUUGAGCCACCAGCUACCAGCACGCCUCGCACCACUGCCUCUAGAGAAGACCUCACAGGUCCAGACUCAUCUGCAUCACCAUUGUGUGGUCGCCGUGGUAAUGUUGCUGAGGGUGCCAUGCCUAAAGUCCCACCAACACCACCCUCUCCACGGAACCUCAUCACCUAUGGACACAGGAAGUGCCACAGCCUCGGCUACAAUUUUAUUCAUAAAACGAACACAGUGGAGUUUAAAAGUGCAACAUUUCCAAACGCUGGAUCCAGACAUCUGCUGGACGACAGUGUGUUGGAAAGUCACACGCCCACACGCGGACAGGCGGAGAGCUCGACGCUGUCUAGCGGCAUUUCACUGGGAAGCAGUGAAGGGUCGGAGCUCAGUGAGGAGAUGUCUUGGCCUGCCUUUGAGAGGACUCGAUUCUACCACUCUCUGGGUCCAGUCAGCAGAGUGGGCCGCAUCUCCUGCAGAGGAGCGCUCAGGCCCACCAGCUUUGCAGAGUCUGAGGAGCUGGCAGUGCAUCUGUACCCAGGAGCUGUCACAGUUCAGGGGGUCUUGCGCAGGAAAACUGUCCUCAAAGAGGGCAAGAAACCCACGGUGGCAGCAUGGACUAAAUAUUGGGUGGCUCUGUGUGGUACACAGCUUUACUACUAUACUGCCAAGUCCCUCAAAGCCACAGAGAGGAAACAUUUUAAGUCCACCGCCAACAAAAGUGUCUCUGUUGUGGGCUUAAUGGCCAUGAUGGCUGAUGACCCGGAGCAUCCUGACGUCUUCCUGCUGACCGACUCUGAGCAUGGAAAUUCGUAUAAGUUCCAGGCAGGGAACAGAAUGAACGCUCUACUAUGGUUCAAACACUUGAGUGCGGCGUGUCAAAGCAACAGGCAAAAGGUCCCAGCGAAUCUAAUGUCCUUCGAGUGAGUCAGACCUGGCUGAAUCAAAGACAUGGAUAGCUCAUGAAUGGCUGAAAGCAGAGGAAUAUCGGGGGAAAGGAGGAGAAGCAGAAUAAAAGAGCAAAUGACUCUGUGUUUUUUGUGCAUUGGAGCUUUUCCACUGCCAUCACCCAGCCUGAGCCCCACUGCAAACUCCUCUUGCACCACUGCCUUAACAAGCAGAGUGUGUGUCUGUGUGUGUAUGUGUGUGAGAAGAGAUGCAACACCCCCAGCAGCAAUGAUGUCCCCUGCACUCAAUUUGCCUGAAAGGACCUAAUUUCUCAUUACUUUUAGCUUUGAUUUACACUUCCUCCAUCUUUCAUUAGAUUCCAAACACCACCAGAGUGCUCAUUCAGGAUCAUCUUGAACCUCUGGAAUUUUUUUCCCUUCUUUUACUUGGUCAUUGCUUGCUUUUUUCUAUUUUUUUAAUUGUUUAAAAUUCUGAUCAGCCCUCCCCUGCCUUUGAAAAAACACACCCACAAAACAGUUUGAAAAACGCGUCUCUGCGGAAGACCGACCCUCACACGCAUACUCGCACAAGACGCUGAUUGUCUUUUGACACACUUGAGUUAGACUCAUGCAAGCAUGACACAAGAUUUUCCACAAUCAGGUUUAACUGUACAAGUGGAAGACCCUCACUUAUUUAAAUUAGAUUCCAAAAUGCAACCAGAAAGGGCUCCGAUACUCAAUGAGUUCCAGAUGAAAUUAAACCAUUUUCUUCAGCAGUUCUCCUUGAAUGUCUACUUCAGAGUUGUCCUAUGAACUUCUGUGAUGUCUUGUGGAUUCUUUAACCUGUUUUAUCUCAUAUCAACACAAACACACUCACAAACAAAAAAACAUUUAAUUUUACCAGAUGGCACCUAAAAUUUCAAAUGAAGGUGCGUGGGAAGAAGAGCUCGAGAAGGGAAGUGCUCAUCACAGCAGCAGCAAUGAGCUGUUUGAAGCCACUCACUUGUGGUUCUAUAAAUGAGUGUGAAAAGAUGCCAGUUGAGGAUUUCUGCAGCAUGAGCAAGACUUCGUCCAGCUUCAAUGCUCCUGCAAUAAGCACACCGGUUUACACAAGUUCAAUCAAGCUCUAAAAUAAUAUUUCGUUCCUUUUUGGAGUCAAAGUGCGAUUCCGAGUUUUGUGAGAUGUCGUCUACAAGAUCACAUACAUAAACACUUUUAUAGUCACUUGAAAGCUGUGAAUGUUAGUGGGUGCAUCAGUCGGUAGGUUUACAUCUCUAAAAUUGGGUUUAGUCCCGUUCAGCUUAGGUUUUCCAGUCUACCUGUUGGUUUUCCAUUUGGAAAAGUGUGAAUGUUGGGAGACCAGGUGGGGGAUUUAUUUGUGUGCAUCAAUAGCCUACAAUUAACGUUAGUGUGGUACCUUUUGUUAUCGAUGAUAUGCUUUUAUUUGUUGUUUCAUUUUGCUUUGAUGUGGUUUCGCUUUAUUUUAUUUCAGUAUUACUGGGAUAGUUGCACGUGUCUAGAUUAUUUUAAUUGUCUGUUACAUUAACAUGUUACGUUUCAUUUGGUCUUGUCAUUUUCAUUUUGAGAGUAACACCACACCUCGGUUUGGCUUCAGUGGGAUCGUGCGGAUGUUUUCUUUUUCUUGUUGAGCCAUUAAGCUUUCCAUUUGCCCUCUUGAGAGAACAGAUGAUGGAAGGUUUGACAGAGAUAUUUGUUUGCUUUUGUCUCAUGCAGCUCAGUGUGUUUGUACUGUAAGUCUUUGUUUGCUCUUCCUACAUUAGUUUCUAUUUGUGAACAAGAGAAGAGUUCUGUUAAGUUUAGAACAAAUGAAUAGCAUUACUGUAUUACUGAAGAAUGAAGCAGUUUAUUCUGCUGUGCCAGGAUGUCUCGGGAUGUUCAGUUCAGAUGGGUCCAUCUUUAGCUUUCCUUAGCAGUCCUUUUUAAUUUCAUGGAUCUGUUCAUUUUUCCAAGCUCUGCUUUUCGGUUCCCAGUUGUGUGGAAUGUCAUACUGAGGUUCAGCAUCCCAUAUUUGAAUCCAGCUGUGUGACUUUACUUGGAUGAUCACAAGACACUUCUGGCGUUGAAGUGCUGAGGUGUCUAUAGCCACUUUUCCACCAUCAGGCCGAACAGUACUCAUUGCAGAUCCAUUCUGCAGAACCGUUCUGUACUGUUCCACUUUGGGCCUUUUCCAUCAUGGUGCUGUGAAAUCAGGAUUAGAAUGGAUUGACAGACAAGUGAACCAUUUUGCAGCACGGCUGAAUAUUCCGGUUGCUGAGAAAUCCAAGCCGGGAGCGGUUUGUAGUUGUACCGUAUUGAACCGUGUUCAAGUUGAAAUGCUUUUGGAACUAUUUACUCACCAUACUCAGAACUGUUCAGCCCAAUGCUGGAAAAGCAGCUUAUGUUUCACUGGCUUUUACUCUACGAUAAUAAACAGAAUUAACUUGGCAUUAAUGAAAGGUAAGACGAGGAGAUGCUGUACAAACGGAAACAAGUUUAUUCUCUGGUUUUUCCUUUUAACUCUGAAUAAGUUUAAUCACAAGUUAUUAGCAUAUCUGUUUGUUUUUAUAAUUCACGUUGAUUUGGCAUGGGAUAUGAGUGGUUGUCAUAUAAGGGGACAGAGAGAUGAUUGGAUGAUUUGGUCAAGGAGUGGAAACUGGGUGUCUUCUGUAUUUUUAAACAGAAUAUUUUUGUUCUUUAAAGUGUCUCUGAUCUAAAAGGGAAGACUAAGAUUUUAGUAGGACACAGGCAAUUCUGAGACAUUUGAGAAAAAGAUGUUUACGGACAGUUUAGGUAAUCUGGGGUAGUUUUUGUUUACAUACGUUUGUAUUGUAUUGAGCCAGAUAUUAGCACUUUGGGUUGAAUCUUUAUAGUAGGUUCUAGCUUUGCCACAUAAAACAGAUUAAAAUGGGAGCGAAUGUUUGCCAGGUGGGAAAAAAAAAACAAUGGAAGUGAAUCAGUAAAAUUCAGACAUGAGCUGUCAUGUUGGAUAAGCGUUUACAUGGUUUACAGUAUCAAACUGUGAAGUCCUGUGUGCAGCUGGUUCUCAAUAUUUGAGUUGUCAUGGAGAUCUUGUGGUGUUUUUUUUUUUUUUUUUUAUCUCCACGGUUUGACCAGCUGCGUGAAAAAAAGAGUGUAGAAAUAAGAAAUAUGAAACGUAAGAGAAGAGGGAUUGCGAGAGUACCUGUAUGCUGGUAAACAUCUCACCAGACACUUUGCUGAUAUGAUUAAUAUAUCUUGACAAGUCUCUGACCUUGUCCACUGGGGACUUGCUAGACACUUUAGGAGCUCUACUCCCUCUUUGGCAUUGUCUUGCUUUGUCUCUCUGAAACAUUCGUUGGAAUUGGACGAUGGUUGAUGUUGAAUAGUAGUUAGAGGGAAAAACUGUGUAUGGACAGUAAACAGAGACAGAAUAACAGUGUGAAACAUCUCACAUUGACUUAGCUGCCUCGGUUAUCUCAUACAUAUUUGGACCUUUAUCAUUCUUUUAUUUUUCCACAUUGUGCUUGUUCAUAUUUUCCAUUCUGUCACACUACAUCUCUCUCAUGUUCACAUUGUUUAUUUGUGAACAACUAAGAUAUCAUUUUAAUUAAAUUCUCCAAGACAUUUGUUUGAUCAUUGUUUUUUCCUAAUUGGAAAGAAUUUACUUUGAAGCAAAAUGAUUGGAAUUGGAACAGUAACGGAAAGUGUUGUUUUUGUUGUUGCUGUUAUUUUUUGUUUGUUUGUUUGUUUGUUGUUAGUUCCAUUUUUGGAUUCUUUGUGGAAUUCUCCAAUCUCCAACAUACUUUGUACCAUGCCAUUUCACUGUCUUUAUAUGUACAAUGCAUAUGAUAUCAUACAAAUGCAAAUACACACACCUGUAAGUUUGGGCUUUUUCUUUGGCUUCUUGAACUCACCUGCAUCACUUGUUUUAUGUGAUAGUGUAUUACAGUGGCCUGAUACAGAUUUGUAGUGAGUUGGUUAAGAAAUUAAUUUGUGUAUGUGUGUGUGUGUGCGCGUUUUACUCUGUGCCAUCCUGUAUCACCUGCUCCCACCCACCUUGUAUCGUCCCUGUCUGACCCCACGCCGACUGGGACAAUGACCCAUGGUAGUGCUAUGACCUUUGAUCUUAGUGAUGUGCUCCUGGGUUCCAGACUGGCAAAAACUAAUAAACAUUUUUGGU